UUUGUCCUCCAGAUGUAAUCUCUCAUCAGUGGAGGGAGCUUGUCCACUACUGGUUUUCCGAGAGAGCUCAGACAUAUUCCAAUAUUGGUAGAGCUGCUCGAGCAUCACAGACUGUUCCUCACACUUCAGGCUCCAUGAGUUAUGCGAGGCGUAGAGUUGAAUUCGUGGAUGAUAAUGGGAGGGAGCCUGGUAGGGUGGAGUUUUAUAGGAUGACUCACACCCACCGAGAUGGCAGCUUUGUCCGAGAGGAGUCAAGAGAUAUAGUUGAUAGGGCAACAAAUCUUAUUUCGGAGCGCGUCGGGGGGUCAUCAUCAUCCGACGCGACCCAUAAUAUUGAAGCUGAAGUGCUCGCUGAAUUGAUGGGCCCAGAGCGUUAUGGUCGAGUGAGGGGUUACGGCGUUGGAGUUACCCCCACUCAGUUGUCUUCAGUGGGCACAUAUACAAGAAAUGCCAGAGAAUCUAGUAACACUGCAGAGGUUCGUCGGCUUCAAGCAACUAUUGAUGAGUUGAAGCAAAACCAAGCAAAUUUGCAGUCUCAGCUUACGAAUAUUUCUUCCAUGUUACAACGGUUUCUCCCUUCUCAGAUUCCUGAUACUUCAAACGCUAGUAGAGAUGAUGAUGGAGCUGAAUCCCGUCUCUGAUGCAUUCUAGAUUAUCUUUUAUGAGUUUGAUAUGUAUAUGUUUCUGCUUUUUCAGAGUACAUUGUAAUUUGCUUUUUCAGAGUACAUUGUAAUUUGCUUUUUUAGAGUACAUUGUAAUUUGUAUGGCAGCUUUUCUGAUACAUGAGUCAAAAACAUGGAGUUUUAAUCAGAUAUAUCAAUAUUCAUAUUUUGAAUGAUC